AGGUAUUGGCAUUGGUGCUGUUUUGAUGCAAGAGCAGCGACCUAUUGCGUUUUUCAGUGAAAAAUUGACUGGUGCAGCACUUAACUAUCCUACUUAUGACAAAGAGAUGUAUGCAUUGGUAAGAACUUUAGAGACAUGGCAGCAUUAUUUUUGGCCUAAGGAGUUCAUGAUACAUACUGAUCAUGAGUCGUUGAAGCACCUGAAGGGACAAGGUAAGUUGAAUAGACGACAUGCUAAGUGGGUGGAAUUCCUUGAGACGUUUCCCUAUGUGAUCAAGUAUAAGCAAGCAAAGGAAAACAUUGUGGCUGAUGCAUUAUCUCGUAGGUACACACUUAUCUCUACCCUAAGUGCAAAGUUAUUAGGUUUUGAGCACAUUAAAGAAUUAUAUGCUAAUGAUCCAGAUUUUGCUAAUGUGUUUAAUGCAUGUGUGAAGAUUGCUUUUGAUAAGUUUUAUAAGCAUGAAGGGUACUUGUUUAGAGAAAAUCGAUUAUGUGUGCCUAACUGUUCCUUAAGAGAAUUGUUAGUAAGGGAAUCUCAUGCAAGAGGCUUAAUGGGACAUUUUGGAGUUAGGAAAACUUUAGAUAUUCUGAAUGAUCACUUCUUUUGGCCACACAUGAAACGUGAUGUUGAAAGGAUCUGUGAAAGGUGCAUACAUGUAAACAAGCAAAAUCUAGAGUUUUACCACAUGGUUUGUAUUCCUUUACCCACACCUACUGAACCUUCGGUUGAUGUAUCUAUGGAUUUUGUUUUGGGCUUACCAAGGUCAAAAAGAGGCCACGAUUCUAUUUUUGUUGUUGUUGACAGGUUCUCGAAGAUGGCACACUUCAUUCCAUGUCAUAAAACUGACGAUGCAACCAAUAUUGCAGAUUUAUUCUUCAAGGACGUUGUUCGUUUACAUGGCAUUCCAAGGACUAUCGUUUCUGAUCGUAAUGCCAAGUUCUUGAGUUAUUUUUGGAAGACAUUGUGGGGAAAGCUGGGAACUAAGCUACUGUUUUUGACUACUUGUCAUCCACAAACUGAUGGACAAACAGAAGUGGUUAAUAGGACGUUGUCAACCUUAUUGCGUUCUAUUAUUCAGAAGAACUUGAAGAACUGGGAAGAGUGUUUGCCACACGUUGAAUUUGCUUAUAAUCGGAGUGUCCAUUCAGCAACUAACUGUUCACCAUUUGAAGUUGUGUAUGGUUUUAAUCCACUCACUCCUUUAGAUUUAUUGCCUUUACCUAUUGACAGACAAGCUAGUUUGGAUGGGAAAAAGAAAGCUGAAGUGGUUAAGCAACUGCAUGAGAGAGUGCAACAAAACAUAGAGCGACGAACUCAGCAAUAUGCAAAACAAGCCAACAAAGGACGCAAGAAAGUUGUACUUGAACCUGGAGAUUGGGUUUGGGUGCAUAUAUGCAAGGAGCAAUUCCCUGCACAAAGACGUUCUAAGCUGCAACCAAGAGGCGAUGGACAAUUUCAAGUGAUUGCAAGGAUUAAUGACAACACAUACAAGUUGGAGCUUCCUGGUGAGUAUAAUGUUAGUGCUACUUUUAAUGUUUCUGAUCUUUUUUCUUUUGAUGUAGGUGACGAUUUGAGGACAAAUCCUUUUGAGGAGAGAGGGAAUGAUGGGAAUCAAGAUGACAGCAUAUCUACUACGUCAUGUGAUCCAUUACACACCCAAGGAGGACCAGUCACGCAAGCUAGAGCUAAGAAGAUGUGUGAAGCUUUAAAUGGCCUUAUUGAGCAGAUCUGGGUUGAAAACAACAUCAAACAAGCAAAUCGAAGCUUGGAUGAUUAUCAAGGCAUGGUAAACAUCAAUCAGGUUCAAGAGAAGCUUAGUUGAGGUCAUUUGCACGGAAUUACAC